AUGGCGGAUAAUUGGACGUGGUCAGAGGGAUCGAAGAUGAAAGUCUGCUUUGUCACAACAGGAGCAACAGCGCCGUUCACAGAACUCAUACGAGCGGUAUUACAAAGGUCGGCUAUUGAUGCGUUGCGCGAUGCAGCAUAUACGCACCUCUUGGUUCAAUAUGGCGUCGCAAAAGACGUGUACGAUACUUUUGCGAUUGACGCCAGAUCCCAUAUCCAGACACAGCCUGAGAAGGGAGAGUUGAUUAUCGAAGGCAUGAGCUUCCGGCCUGAGGGACUUAUGGAGCAGUUUCGCCUGGUGCAACAGUCGAACGGAUUGGCUAUAUCGCAUGCCGGCUCUGGCUCUAUUCUUGAAGCACUCCGCUACGGCGUACCGCUGAUCGUUGUGCCUAACACUGCAUUGCUGGACAACCACCAAGAAGAUUUGGCUGUUGCCAUGGAACGGUCCAAUUAUCUUAUUCGUGGCGAUGUCAACGACCUCGCGCCUGCCAUUCGAAAGGCCGAGGACUUUAGACGGAAGAUGGCUCAGUUUCCACCUAUCACGAGCGGAAAGCACCGAGAAACUAAAAGUUUUGCGGCCAUAAUGGAUGAAACUUUGGGAGUACUUGAAUGA